AUGGCAUCGCGCAUCUUCCACCGCCUGCGGCACGCGCUGACUGGGGAAAGCGAGCAGGAGGGCCUGCCCUAUUGCGGCUCAGAAGUGGAGGAGUUUCCAGAAAGCUCCGAGCUGGAGGAUGACACGGAGGGCCUCUCCACACGCCUCAGCGGCACCCUGAGCUUCACCAGCAACUAUGAAGAUGAGGAGGCAGAGGAAGGAGCAGCCCCUGGUGGGACCAGCCAGGACCUGGGAGAAGCCCUGGGGCCAGAACUGCUGGGCGUCGCUCCAGAGAACGGAGAGCACGGCCCCCCCGUGGCCGAGCGCCAGGGCAGCAACAUGCUCACCCGGCAGCUGCAGGAGCUCUGGCGGAAAUCGCGGGGCAGCCUCGUGCCCCAGCGCCUCCUCUUUGAGGUGACCAGCACUAACGUGGUCAAUGAGCGCAGUUCCAAGUACGUGCUCUACACCAUCUACUUGAUCCGUGGGGGGCAGUUCGACAAGGCCCCCGCCACCAUCGCCCGGCGCUACUCAGACUUUGAGCGGCUGAACCGGCAUCUGCGCCGCCGCUUCGGCAGUGACAUGGCCGGUGUGACGUUCCCGCGGAAGCGGCUGCGGCGCAACUUCGCGGCUGAGACAAUCGCCAAGCGCAGCCGGGCAUUCGAGCAGUUCCUGUCCCACCUGCACUCCGUGCCAGAAAUCCGGCGAUCCGCCGAGUUCCUGGAGUUCUUCUACUUGGACGAUCUGCGGGUCGCCCAGCGCUCAACUUGCACGGGAACAUACUGCGAGGCCCUGGCGGCAUGGACCAACGCCCACCAGCUCCAGGACAAGCUGGGUGCCUGCCGCUCGCGCCACUUCCUGCUGACCCUGGCGGGGCUGGCCGUCUGCCACCAGGAGCUGGGCCAGCUGGCCGAGGCCAACGCUCACAGUGAGCAGGCCCUCCGGCUCCUGGAGGCCCAGGACAGCCACCCACUGCUGGCCCCCUUCCUGCAGGCCCACGUCUACCUGGCCUGGAUGCUGGGCAAGGACAAGCGGCAGGCGGAAGCCCGUCUGCAAGGCCUCCAGGAAGCCGGGCUGGCCGGGCCACAGCCCCCCACCCUGAAGGAACUGCUUAUCAAACAGCCGCUGCCCUGA